AUGGAAGAGCAGGUCACAGCUCUGCUCUGGAUACAUGCUAACAGUACACAGUAUGUAAAUACCACAGAGGAGUACAACACCACAGAGGUGACUGAGGACCCUGACAAAUACCAGGCCUACAUUAUCGGCCUCUUCCUGUCAUGUCUCUACACUGUCCUGCUGUUUCCUAUUGGAUUUAUUGGGAACAUCUUAAUCCUCGUGGUCAAUCUGAACCACAGAGAGAAGAUGACCAUCCCAGACCUGUACUUUGUAAACCUGGCAGUAGCUGACCUUAUCUUAGUGGCAGACUCCCUUAUCGAGGUUUUCAACCUGAAUGAGAAGUAUUACGACUAUGCUGUGUUGUGCACCUUCAUGUCCCUAUUUUUGCAGGUCAACAUGUACAGCAGUAUCUUCUUCCUCACCUGGAUGAGUUUUGACCGUUACGUGGCGUUAGCCAGCUCAGUGAACAGCAGCCCUCUAAGGACUAUGCAGCACGCCAAAAUGAGCUGUAGCCUCAUAUGGAUGGCGUCCAUCUUGGCCACACUGCUGCCCUUUACCAUAGUGCAGACCCAGCACCGAGGGGAGCUCCACUUCUGCUUUGCUAACGUGUUUGAGAUCCAGUGGCUGGAGGUCACCAUUGGCUUUUUGGUGCCCUUCUCCAUUAUUGGCCUGUGCUACUCUCUGAUUGGCCGAAUCCUGAUGAAAUCCCAAAAGCACCGUGGACUGUGGCCAAGGCGACAGAAAGCCCUGCGUAUGAUUGUGGUAGCUGUGCUGGUCUUCUUCAUUUGCUGGCUGCCAGAAAACGUAUUCAUCAGUAUCCAGCUGCUGCAGGGUACUGCAGACCCAGCAUACAGGACUGACGCCCCCUUGUGGCACGACUAUCCCCUCACAGGGCAUAUCGUCAACCUGGCAGCCUUCUCCAACAGCUGCCUUAACCCCAUCAUCUACAGCUUCCUGGGUGAAACUUUCAGGGACAAGCUGAGGCUCUUUGUCAAGCAGAAGGCUGACUGGUCUGUGGUCAACCGUGUCUGCAGAAACAGUUUGAACUUACGCCUGUCAGUCCCAAGCGACGUGACCCAGGUGUGACCUC